AUGUCAGAAAUGGAAAUUUCUCGCGGUGUCCGCAUCGCUCUCGAGGGCUGUGGCCACGGCAAACUACAUGACAUCUACGCAAAAGUCACCGAGGGUGCAAAAGCCAAGGGGUGGGACGGCGUGGAUCUCGUCAUAAUUGGAGGUGAUUUCCAAUCAGUACGAAACGCCAAUGACCUCAAUGGGAUGUCUGUUCCUAUCAAAUACCGUGAGAUCGGGGACUUUCACGAGUAUUACAGUGGAAAGGCUACUGCCCCUUAUCUUACUAUCUUCGUCGGAGGGAACCAUGAAGCUAGUAAUUACCUGUUCGAACUUUACUAUGGUGGCUGGGUCGCUCCGAAUAUUUACUACAUGGGUGCUUCCAACGUUCUUCGCUUUGGACCCUUACGAAUUGCAGGCCUUUCUGGUAUCUGGAAAGGCUAUGAUUAUAACAGGCCCCAUUUUGAGAGAUUGCCUUACAACGAAGAUGACGUGAAAUCCAUCUAUCACGUUCGGGAGCUGGAUGUUCGCAAGUUGAUGCAGAUUCGCACGCAGGUUGACGUGGGCUUGUCUCAUGACUGGCCUAGAGGUGUUGAGUUAAAUGGGAACUACCAUCAUCUUUUCCGAAUCAAGCCAUUCUUUCGAGAGGAUUCGAAUGCUGGGACCUUGGGGAGCACCGCAGCUAAACAUGUAUUGGAUAGAUUGCGCCCACCUCACUGGUUCUCAGCGCAUCUCCACGUUAGAUACAACGCUUUGAUAUCUCACGGUGACUAUCAGCAUCCUCGGGCACAAUAUGUGGCAAGUCAGCGUAAGCAGCCGUUUGCUCAUGGCAUGGAUGGAACAUCCGAUACCGUUGAUGCUCCGCCUACGACGAAUUCUAACCAAGUCCCUGGGCGACAACAAAACACUCUUAACAAUGUUAUCCAGGCUUGGAACAAUUUUGGAAAAGUUGCAGCUCAACAGGAAGUUGAAGAUCAAGCAAAAUUUCUACGUCAACAAGCUGAGUGGGACCCGAACCGCUCGCUCAAUGUGCAGAAUAUUCCUGCAACCUUCAAACAGAUUAUGCCAGAUGAUUAUCAAAGGAAAAUUGUCACAGUGGAAGGACCCCCUGCCGAUCAAGGAAAUGGCGUUGUCAAAAACAGCGCUGAGAUCGAUUUGGAUUUGGAUUCCGAAGAAGAGACUUCAGGAAAGAACAAUGAGGACAACCGCAUGGAGGUCGAUUCCAAGCCGAACACGGAAAUUACAAGUGAACCAAAGAUUGAACCAGAGAGUGUUCCACAGGAAGAAAACCAACAAGAGACUGCAAUCCACGAUGAAUCGAAUCCAGAGGCGAUACCUGAAGCUCUUCGCGAACAGCUACCCGAUGCCUUCAAGCGCCCAACUCAUGAAACCCCCGUUUAUGGUCCUCUUCCUGUAGGAAUCUCAAACAAACAUACUAACUUCCUGGCUUUGGGCAAAUGCCAGAAUGGGAGUGCCUGUCAUGAAUAUCUUGAAUUAAUGGAACUAUUCCCCAUUUCGGGUGAAGACGAAAUGCAACCACCUUUCAGUCUUCAGUACGACAAGGAAUGGCUUGCGAUCACUCGUGUGUUUGCGAAUUCGCUGGAACUCGGCAAUCUUAGAGCACAUUUCCCAGCUGACUUGGGAGAUGAGAAAUACAAGGAACAAAUUGAAAAGGAAGAGGCUUGGGUACAGGAACAUGUCGUUGAGAAGGAAAAGCUGACUAUUCCCCACAACUUUGAGAUUACGGCACCUGUUUACGAUCCCAGCGUACCUAUCCACACUAAGGAUAUGCCGCCUGAGUACAACAACCCACAGACUGCUGCGUUCUGUGAUCUGGUGGGAAUUGACAACAAGUUUCACCUUACUCCAGAGGAGCGUGAGCGACGCACGCUCGACGGGCCUCGUCCGAGCCGCGGAGGUCACUCGCAUUGGCAAUCGCGUCGUGGACGACACAAUGUUGGAGGUCGGGGUGGAGGUGGCCGCGGUCGCGGACGUGGAGGCCGUGGACGAGCUUACUAUUAA